AUGAAUCCUGAUGGACUAUUGAUCUUCUCCCUGGUCUCAUCAAAAACCAAAAACCUUGUAACAUCAUUGGGGUUGAGAGCCAGCAGUGUUUACAUCGACAUUACUUAUGACAUUGGUAUAACCGUGUACAUUGGAAGAUUCGGGUGGAUUUUGGUCUUUCGCAACAUAUCGAAUGAUGAGAAUGUCGAAUUCGACAUUACUCGACCAAUUUCUCCUUCUUGCCUAUGUCUGGGCAAAACCUUUCGACUUCUCAGCAAUUGGUUGGAUCACAUUCGGAAUGUAUUCUCUUGUACUGAACCACUAGACGUAGCUUUCCGGCCAGGCAGUGACCGCUUUGGAAUGGAAUCGCUGAAGAAAAUGAUGAAAAAUGUCACUUGUCUUACUAUAACUGCAGGCGUUACUGAUAUUCAAAGUAAAAUAAUUUUGAAAAGUUUCAAAAACUACAACGAAUUAACUCUGAGAAUUAAUCCAUUCGAAGAAUCUUGUGAAAUUCGAAAAUUCUUUAUUCAAAACCUCAAAUUUUUUGGAUUUUAUGAUGUAUACUCACUGGAUGAUAUGUUAUUCGUCAACAGCGAACAAGUAUAUUUCCGCCAUCCAACAACUCAAAAACAAUUCAAUCAAUUCACCAAACACUGGAUCCGUGGGUCUAAUCCAAGACUUCGAGACAUGUCUCUAUCAAUCGAUAAUUCGGUGAGCAGAGAUGUGCUUCUGAAAGGAAUUCAUUGUGUUGAUGUGGCAGAAGAGAAGCAAGAAGAAAUCUGUCGUAAACACAAAAUUGUCAGUGAUUACAUGGUUGAGAUCAGGCGGAGCGACGGGACACCUGCAGCGAUUGCGACCAAGGAUUUCAAUAAUGUUCUUCAUAUCCGUUUCUUUGUCUUUUACUGA